UUAUCACAUAAGAAAACCCAAUCUUUAUUUUAGGGUUUAUCUAUCCACACUUCCCUCCCAACUUCCAGAGCGCCAUUUCGAUAAGGUACCAACCACUCUACUCCAAUGGCGACUUCUCAGUUCACUGCAUCAUCCAUUUCCGCCAGGAACUUGCCAUCCCUUGAAGGGCUUCGACCUUCAGCUCUUCAAUUUCAUCAUGUUGGGCGUGUCAGAAUUGCCACUCCCACUCAGAAGUGGUUCCCCUCUCUGGUUGUCAAAGCUGCCACUGUUGUCGCCCCAAAGCACACCGCUAUUAAGCCGCUCGGUGAUAGAGUUUUGGUAAAAAUUAAGGAGGCAGAAGAGAAGACUGUGGGUGGGAUUUUACUGCCUAGCACUGCUCAAUCAAAGCCUCAAGGAGGUGAGGUGGUUGCUGUUGGAGAAGGGAAGUCAAUUGGGAACAACAAAGUUGAUAUUAGUGUGAAGACAGGGGCAAAAGUUGUAUAUUCAAAGUACGCAGGGACUGAGGUGGAGUUCAAUGGUUCAAAGCAUCUUAUACUGAAGGAUGAUGACAUCGUUGGUAUCCUUGAAACUGAUGAGGUCCAGGAUCUUAAACCCUUGAAUGACAGAGUUUUGAUAAAGGUUGCAGCAGCUGAGGAGAAAACUGCUGGGGGUUUGUUGCUCACGGAGGCAACCAAGGAGAAACCAUCUAUUGGAACAGUGAUAGCAGCUGGUCCAGGUACUCUGGAUGAGGAAGGCAACAGAAAACCGUUGUCUGUUACACCUGGGAGUACAGUUCUGUACUCUAAAUACGCGGGGAAUGACUUCAAGGGCAAAGAUGGUUCUGAAUACAUUGUUUUGAGGGUUUCGGAUGUCAUGGCAACCCUCUCUUAAGAGCAAAUUACUUUUUGUUUCAUAGCUUAAAUUUGUGUUUUUAAAUGUUGAGGGAAAUGAAUAUUUUUGUAAUGACGCCUGAAAUAUAGCUACUAUGUUCCUUGGAGAAUAAGCAUUACGUUGUUGCACCUGUUGCUUUGCAUUUAUUGUCAACGGCUGUUGUUUCAAAUUCUAAUGGGGUAUUUUGCAAGCA